AUGGAGAACCUGCACGGUCACCAGAAGAUUCCAGGUGCCAAGAACCCCUUGGUUGUCAAGUUCGCUGAUGCCAAGAACAAGGAUGGGUCAGACUCUCAGGUGGGGGCCAAGCGGCCCAUCAACGAGGACCCAUGGGUCAGCAGUGCCAAACGGCCCUUCCACAGCCAGGCGAACGUCACCCCAGCAGCUGCGUAUCCCGGAUUCCAAGGUACAAUGGGCCUGGGGGCAGCAUGGCCACAAGCCGGCCAGCUGGGCCCUUACGGGUACCAGGGAAUGGGGCGUGGCAUGGGCUUUCAGAACCUGAUGGGCAACAUGGCUUCGGGAAGCAUGAUGGGAAUGGGAAUUGGCACGGCCUACCCCAUGGGCGCUGGUGCCUACCCCACGGGCUACACCGGCGGGGCCUACGGCACUGCCUAUGGUGGCAUGUUGGGCAAUGGCGCUCUGAUGAACAAUGUCCUUGGGGGGAUGACUGGGAUGGCGGGCAUGAACGGAAUGCUGGGCAUGCCAGGCACAGGUGUGGCAUUGAUGUCAUCUGGGGCGCCCCCUGGCGGCGCAGGCGGUAAGCUGGGGCCAGGCAUCACCGAUCCACGUGCCAAUGAAUGGAAGCUCUUUGUGGGACAGGUGCCGUACGAUGCUACGGAGGCUGACCUGUGGCCAUUGUUCAGCAACCUGGGGGACAUCCUGGAGUUGGUAAUACUGAGGACCAAUGAGGGCCGCAGCCGUGGCUGUGCCUUUGUGACAUAUGCGGACCGGCCCACGGCGGAGCGGGCAAUAGGCCGGUUCAAUGGCCAGGUGUCAGUGCCUGGGGACACCCGAGGCAAGAAGCUGGUGGUGAGCUUUGCGGCCCCAAAGAAGGAAUCUGGGUGGAAUGGGGCUGGAGGUCACCAGAAAGUAGAUGUGUGA